AAUGGAGAUUAUGACGUCAUAAUAAACGGUGAACCACUUCGAGUUUUUCUCAGAACUUUGGUUAACUUGUAUCUUGUAAAAUUGUAAACACAGACUGGGUUCAUUUGCCUGUCUGUGUGUUUUCUUUGAGAAACAGCAAAAACGCCGUCAGGUUUUAAGGAAUGGGGGAUGAUAAAUUGUGGCCCCCCAUCGGACCAACCGAGGCGUUCAAAACCUAUAAAGAUACCGUCAUGGUUGUGUGGAACAUCAGUUCAACUUCGAGAGAUCAAGUGUUCAGAGAACGAAGCUAAACAAGUGAUUCUCUACAAGUCAAUGUCUUUCCUGCAUUCAGAGUUUGUUCAAAUUGAGAGAAACCAACCAGAGAAUCAUGACAGCAAUCAGUGUUCCAUUAAACACGAAGGAAGAGAAGGAUGCUCCUGAAACGAGAACGACGAGAGAUUGCUCAUUGUUGGUUAUAGCGGUUGUCGUAACACUGCUCACUCUGGUCGCUUUUGCGGUGUCUGUCUUGUAUGCAACCAUUUUAUGCACAGCGCCAUCUUGUGGUCUACACAAGUCGCAUCCAAGAGCCCAUGAUAUGAAUUUCCAGGCACAUGGAACGAUAGGGGAUACCGACUUCGAUGAUGACUUCCAUUACGACCAUAAAAAUAACGUUUUAGUCAAGAAGAUUACGAGUCAAAGUUCAAAGGAUAAUGCAACGGUCUUACAUGAUUUUACAAGGGGUGUCACGACGUAUGUGCUUCCAAUGAAAAAGCGAUGCUUCGUUGGAGCUCUAGAAACAGACAGCUAUGAUAUGGUCCUACAUGCACACAAUGGCGGUUUUAGCGAGCUCUCUAACCAUCAGGCCCGUCAGUACUUCUCUCAAGGCAUCAUAUCCCCUCCCUUCUUGGAACGGACAGCAGGCCCUCUCGUCCUCAACCACUGUCUUGGUCUUGAAACAAGCUGGAUAGAAGCACCCUCGAUACAACCAUCGGUAGAGGGCGCUUCAAUAGAGAAGAGGCGACCUCUGGACACUGAGAUCGUUAUACUGCCAGAUGGUACUAUCAUUAUUACAAGAUAGAGCCGUAGAGCUUACGUUAAAUGUAUAUAUAGUGUUUAAUGCUAAAGCCACACAAGCGAAACGGAUCCCAGGGCCCCGUAACACUAAGGUUAACGAUUAAUCGCUAAAUGAAAUAGGCCAUUUCAAUUGGCCUUUUACGAUAAUUGUUGCAUACGCAUUUUGCUCAAUAGACUGACUGGGAGCCAAUAAGAAUUGUUCUUUAAAAUUAGCGAUUAAUCGCUAACCUUCGUCUUACGGGGCCCUGAUCGACCAAGGCUAUUAAUUACUGCCACUGCCCAACGAUUGGUCUCUUUGGAUUCGGCUUCCUUAAUGUGACUGGAUAGAACACAUUAGGAUGGGUCUAUGUAUUUAAUCAACACGUUCAAGAUGGAAACUCCCUCCGGAAGUUCCGCUUUUUAUACGGACAAACUUAGUUUUGAAAAAGAUGGCCCAUCGUAUAGCGAUUCCUUAACUAGCCUUUGAAAAACCACAAAUAAUUUCAGCUAAUAAUAACACCGUCCCGUUCAUAUCAAACCUGGUCCUUAAAGGGAAUGUUUACUCAGGAGCGUUGUGGCCCAGUGGAUUAUAGUCUCCAGACUUUAUAACAGAGGGUCGUGGGUUCAAAUCCCAGCCAUGGCGUAGUUUCCUUCAGCAAGUAAUUCAUCCAUAUUGUGCUGCACUCAACCCAGGUGAGGUGAAUGGGUACCUGGAAGGAAUUUAUUCCUUGAAAUGCGUGUGCGCUGUAAUCUGAGUAAUUGCGGCUGCCAAGCUACAGCUGGGGUAAUAAUAUCCAAUUCCUUUGGAAGCGCAUAGAGACAUUAUUCACAAUGUGAUAUGCGCUAUACAAGAACUGUAUAUUAUUAUUAUUAUUACUCUAACGAAAAGUUAGUUUUUAUAAAAGCAGAAAGAAAUUAGAGAAAAAUAUCCGUCAAAGAAUAACGGGGUUAUGAAAGUUAAAACUUUUGAUGUCAAAUUUGUGACGUCACAGAUAGUUAUGCUGCAUAUCUCUCUGACAAAAAACGCUAAAUUCGCCAGAAUUCAUAGAGGAAUGUCUCACUAUUUUAAACACACAUCUUUUUAUGGAUGUAGACUUUGCAUGGUACUAACUUUUAGCAUGAUUUAUUCGUCGUAAUCCAUUAUUACCUAGGCUAUCAAUUUAACAAUCAGUUUGACCUGAUUCGGGUAUGAUGGGCCAGGGGAAAGUGAUAUACAUAACACCUAUUGCUUUUACAACUUGGUUCCGAAUUCCUCAUGAACAUGAAAGUCGACGGUUUCUCACAUAAUUUUCCCACACCAGCUUUUAGAUAAUUACGUAUAAGUUAAUGUAUGAGCAUGGUAGGCCCACGUAAAAUGAGUCAGAAUAUUUUGUAUAAUAAUGCCGUCAGUGAGGUUAAUGUACAUUUACUUUGGAUUUUGUGUUUUAUACACUAUAUAUUUAUUUUCUUAAAACACUGAACUGAAAUUAAAAUUUAUCGUAAUUUUUA